UUGAUUGUGUUACUAACAAAGCAGUUUAUAGUUGCAGGCACAGUUACAACACCGGAAGCUCAUCCGACUUUGGGACUGCCGUUUCCGUUUCCAUGCUUUCCUGGGCAAUUUCGUUACUGUCUUAGUAAGCGUGGAAAGCCAGCUAUUGAAGUGGGCGCGCAUCGUUUCUGUUUUAACGGUCGAGCUGCAAGCGGAAAAGUUUGGUGGCGCUGCUCCAGGAAUCCCCGAUGCCGAGCUGCUGUUCACACGUUCGGCUUACGCGUUGUUCAGAUGAAUAGCGCGCACACAUGUGGUGUACGCGCUACACCAUUAAGGCCUAUGUUUUAA